AUGUCAGAUACCGUUUUCCACAAGGUGUCAGACAAUGGAAACCUGGUGCUGGAAGUCUUGCUGGCGAGGUCCCAGCUGUCCAUGGUGUACUGGGGUCAGGCUGGCAUCGCUACAGUUACCUGUCAAGAAAAGAUUCCUCAGAGAACCUGGAUCCACCUCGCCAUUCAGGCUUAUAAAACCAGUUUGAGUUUCUACAUCAAUGGGGUCCAGCCAGGCUUUCUUCCUGUGGAGACACUUGUCCUUGCCAGUCAGGUCAAGGACAGCAUUCAAGGUCAAAGCAGAAUAGGGCAAAGUAUCACAGGUACAAAUCAGUUUCUGGGACGUCUCCAGGAUGUAAAGUUCUUUUCAGAGACACUGACUAACAGAGAAAUUCAGGAGGUGUACAGCGGCAGUCUUCCGAGCGUCCGCGUUCAGUCUGAGUGUAGAUGUCAGGCCUCCCACCCCAGGAUCAAACCUCAGAUGGAACACUACUGCAUCGCUAACGGCGUGGACGACGCUGAUAACGACGCCGUGCUCAGGCUCAACGCGGAGGCUCAUAAUCUGGAGUUCCUGAACGACGGAGACAGUAACACCUACUGGAUCUCACAGUUCCAGAACCACAUAGAGCUCACCAUCGACUUGGAAGAUGAUUUUCAGGUGUUCUUCCUUAACCUUCAGUUCUACAGUCCCCUCCCCCGGGCGGUCCUUAUUUCCCGCGAGUUGGAGGGGAGUUGGGAGGAAUGGCAGAUGUACGCGACAGACUGUCAGGAAUACUUCAGUCAGACAGAUAAUGGCCCCCUUCCACAACCCGACUCGGUCAACUGUCUCAAGUUCAAAAGAGAUAAAGAGAACACCCACUACUCCAAGGGAAACAUAACAUUCAGCCUCCUGGCAGCCGAGCCAGUACAGAGACCAGGGAUGGAUGACUUUUACGGUACCCCGAAACUGAAGGAAUUUGUACGAGCCUCAAAAGUCCGAGUCAAACUGCAGGACCAUCAGCUGGUGACUAAUCUUAGACAUGAGUACUUUGGGGUUUUUGAAUUCAUCAUUAAAGGAAGAUGUAACUGUCAUGGCCAUGCCUAUACCUGUGAUAGUAUCACCAGACCUUACAACUGUAGCUGUCUACCAGAGAGUUUUACACAGGGAAACAAGUGUGAGGAGUGCCAGCCCCUUUACAACAACAAGCCCUAUCGUGAUGGUGACCUAAUUAACUCCUUUGACUGUAAGCCAUGUGAAUGUCACAAUCACUCCGACAGCUGUGUCUACAAUGCGACCCUUGACCUCUUCCCAGAUGACCAUGACCUCGGGGGAGGGGGAGUCUGUGUGAACUGUCAGCACUUCACCAGCGGUCAGUUCUGUGAGACCUGUGUCCCCCUGUACUACAGGCCCCGGGGCAGGAGUAAAUAUGACCCUGAUGUUUGUGUGCCUUGUUUGUGUAGUGAAGCAGGGGUCGAAGGAGGAGAGCUGGAUUGUAAAAAGGAUGGUGGGCAAUGUCAGUGUAAGACCAACACAGGAGGUCGGCAAUGUGACCUCUGUCUGCCGGGCUUCUUUAACCUUUUGACCUCUAACCCUGACGGCUGUGAAAACUGCUCCUGUAACACAGAUGGUACACUCAAUGGAGAUGUGUCCUGUGACACCAAAACAGGCACCUGUAACUGUAAACAAAACACUAGAGGGUCCAAAUGUGCAGAUUGUGAGCAUGGGUACUUCAACCUGACCGCAGACAAUCCAGCUGGCUGCUCUCCCUGUGAGUGUAACCCCCAGGGCUCAACCUCUCAGUUCUGUGACCCCGUCACGGGUCAAUGUCAGUGUAAGGACCAUGUGACAGGACGCAAGUGUGACCAGUGUACAGACAACUACCAAAACUUUGAACUCGGCUGCAAGGUGUGCACUUGCAACUCUCUUGGCACAGUGCCAGGUACAGUGUGUGACAAAAGAACAAGUCAAUGUGUUUGUAAAGAAAAUGUCCAGGGACUGGCGUGUGAUGAGUGCAAAGAUGGAAGUUUUGGAUUCGGAGGAUCGGCAUCCAAAGGAUGCUAUGGAUGUAUCUGUAAUUUGGCCGGAACCAUUAACAGUUCCCUGGUCUGUGACAAAAAUUCUGGAAAGUGUGUGUGUAAGGAGAAUGUGGUAGGGACUAGUUGUAAUCAGUGCAGUGGGAACACUUUUGGAUUGAGUAUGAACAUCACAGAGGGGUGUGAACCCUGUAACUGUGAUCCCACGGGGACAAAGGGAGGUAACUCCAGUCACCCUGAUGAUUUGUCAUGUGACCAGAAUACGGGAGAAUGUACGUGCCUGGCUAACAGGAUAGGGAGGCGAUGUGAUGACUGUGCACAAGGAUAUUUUACGAGACUGGAGCCGGGAGGAGGCUGUCAGCAGUGCGGAUGUCACUACGCCAGUACGUACGAACAAACGUCAUGUGACUCGCUGACAGGGCAGUGUCAGUGUCGACAGAGUAAUACAGGGAUCACGGGGAGAACCUGUGAGGAGUGUCAUGAGGGGUUCUACGGCUUUAACUCAAGAUUAGGAACCUGCAGUCCUUGUGAAUGUGAGGCAGCAGGCAGCUUAAACUCCACUUGUGACGUCAUGACGGGAAAAUGCUUCUGUAAACAGUUUGUGGAAGGUCGAAGGUGUGAUGCCUGUAUAUCAGGAGCCAGUUACAUCAGCAGUGAAAACCCUUAUGGUUGUAGUAAAGAACCAGCUCAGCAGCCCCCACCAGAGCACCAGCAGAACAGUUCAACUGUACUGUGGCUCACGUGGAAGGAACCAGAUUAUCCUAAUGGGGUCAUCAAAGAAUACAGACUCUUCAGAAAUGGAACACUGAUCUUCACAGGCAACUCUUCUAAUAUCAUCUAUGAAGAUUCAGGAUUGUCACCCUACACGAGAUACACCUACAUUGUGGAGGCCACCAAUGAUUUUGGAUCCGUCCACAGUUCUCCAGUGACCUUCCGAACCCUACCAGGUCCCCCCACAGGCAUCGUCUAUGUGACUGUCAAGGAAAUUCAAGCAAGAACGGCUCAAUUAGCCUGGAUCUUUCCUGCAAAAAUGAACGGACCUCUCGCCAACUUCAGUGUGGUCACUUUGAAACCAAGCCAGCCGACUGUGCGAGAGCUACACUGGACCGGGCUAGAUAAUAAGACCACAAUCACAGGACUGGUACCUUUUACUAACUACACUGUGUUUGUUGUGAGCUGCAGUGAAGGAGGGUGUUUGGACAGUUGGCCUGUGGUAUUUAGCACUAAGUCGGCCCUUCCCACGGGAAUGGAAGCACCUGUUGUUACGAUGGUUUCUUCAUCCAAACUAAAUGUCACAUGGAAACCACCUGCGCAAGCAAAUGGAAUUAUAAUAUUUUAUGAGCUGUGGAUGAGAGGAUCAUUAAAAGUUGAUGGAACCAGGGACCCACAGGAGAAGAGGAUAUUCCACCCUAGUGGACAGUAUAAUCCCCGCCCAACUCGGUCCCCACAGGAAAUAGCACUACCCCCUCCUGAUACAAACUUCUUAGUCCAGGGUCUGGAACCUUAUGCAGUGUAUGAGUUUCAGGUUCUUGCAGAGAAUGACAUAGGAAAGACAGCCAGCCCCUGGGUGUCCCAGAGAACGGGGGAAGCCACGCCUAUAUUUACCCCCGCCCCCACAGUGUACUCGGUCAGCCACUCACAGCUGGAGCUACGGUGGGAGUCUCCCUCAGAGGAUCAGGCCCGUGGGGUCAUUAUGACCUACAGGGUGUACUUCUUCAGCAGGAAUGACCUCGCUGCUGACCCAUUUGCUCCACAAUACUUGUGGAAGCUCGUCAGUGUCUCAGGUGGUGCCUCAAGGUCCCAUAUGAUAGGGGGACUGGAUGCGUACCAGAACUACACCUUUAAACUAGGUGCAUGCAACUCUGAGGGGUGUGUCAACUCAUCAGAGGUCACUGGAACUACUCAGGAAGAUGUACCAGCUGGGCUCUUUAAACCCAAGUUCUACAGUGUGAAUUCCAGCAUGAUCCGCUUGUCUUGGCCUGAGCCUGCGGACCCUAAUGGCCCUGCCCCUCUGUACUCGGUGGAGAAAACUGUACCCUCCCUGAGCUUCCCUCCCUUGGUAGUGCAGGGAACCAGAUUUCCUGGAGGGGGAUACUACCUCUUUCCUCCUGAAAUUAUUCCACCUAAUGUAGCAUUCACAGGGAUCAGAUUUAAAUUCAAAAUGGACAAGAACAUGAGGAAUGGUCUCCUGAUAUUUGCUGCCUCUGCUGGGAGACAGGACGAGUUCCUGGCUAUUCAGUUCAAGUCAGGAAGGCCCUGGUUUGUGUUCGAUCCACAAGGCAAGUUAUACAAAUUAAGGGGGACCUAUGCCCGAAAAGUCUUUGUGUGA